CGGCAUUCAUGUGGUGAUUUCGCAACAUGUGGUUGGGACAUUGCCUAUUUUUAUGUGCCGCACUCACAGCAACGGCCGUCAAAGUUGACGUCCAAGGAUCGCUCACCCUCGGCUCACAGGUCGCAGAGUUCCUCGCAGACAACCUCCAAGAUGAAUUCCUCGACGAGUUGAGCGGCCGCAGGACCAUGACUGACGCCCUCGGCGAGCUCAUCAAGGUAGUCAAGCAGAUGAGACCCUGCAAGAACGCCACUGUCUGCACCCCCAAACUAGAGAAGUUCAUCAUCGAAUACGUCACCGACCUCACCACCGGCAUCAAGACAGUCUUCGACGGUGUCCUCGAAGACGAACUCUGCAAAGUCAAGUAUUUCGAAAAAUGCCUGAAACAUGUCAGAAAAGUUGUCUCCUCGGCCGCUUUAGACACUGACGAGGUACACAGGUGGAUCAAUGUUCUCAAAAAAAUUAGCGGCAUCUAUCUUGAACAGGCCACAUCACUUGCUAGACAAGGUUUAGACACGGCUGAGAAAAAAGAAGAAGCCAUGCAUUCACUUAAACAACAACUAGUUUUUACAAUAACCGACCUUGAAAAGAAUUAUGAGAACAUACUUUGCAAAGAAUUCCGUCUAUGCCCGUAUCAGUUCGACGUUACUAUAUAUCUUCAACUUUUACUUAAUCUGAUCAGAACCAUGAAAGAGAAUAAUGUUAGGCUGUUUUUAAAUCAAUUCAAAAAGAAAUUCCUGCAUACCGCCAUGUUUACUGACGAUGUGGUCAUGAAGAUUAACUUCGAGGAGGUCCUUAGAGAGAUGUUGCUGAACAAAACUAUUGACACAAAAGGGAUCGUGUUAUCUAUAGCUGAUGUAGUUCAGAAGAGACUGGCAGGCACUGAGUCUACGGAAAGAGACGCAACGUUACUACAAAUGAUUCUGUCAGACAUGGAUCACAUCUAUGUAAGUAAUAAAGAUGAGCAUAUUGAGAAGUUCCUGGAUGUUGUAAAGACUUGGUUGAAAAGCGAGGAUGAUGUUACACUCGGGGAUGGUAUGGAGGCUUUUUGCAACAGCCUGGCUGCACACUUCCAGAAUCACCCGAAGGAGAUAAUUUUUAAAUUGCAGACUGAGGCUCAGGUAUUUUUAGGACUCACCGCACAUUAUACUCCACCUGCGAUGAGAUGAAUAUAAAAUUAAGUGAUUC